UGGGAUUGACAAUCGAUGUAGUGCAUGAAACCAGUGACCCCCUCAGACCUCUAUCUGCGUUAUAUUAUCUAUGCACGUUGAUCUUAUGCGUUCUUUUUCAGUGCCAGCAAGCAUCUACCCAAACACGAAUGAUCUAAUAAAGACGCGUUGUCGCGUAAUCAACCGCGACGCGUGAGCGGCGCACUUCUAUUAAAAAGGGCGACAUUGGGAGGUCGAGCCAGUAAUACAAUACUUACGAGAAUCUUCCAUCACGAAUCUCAUCCAUUCAGCAGGCUCGAACAUGCCAGAUACACCUUCAGACAACCUGGAUGAGCCAUAUCCCGCCAAUUCUGUAACCGAACAGCUGCAAAUCCCCGACAACACCCUGGACGGUCGCUUCUCCAAAACCAACUUUCCUUUCCAGAAGAGCCAAAAUCCGCAUCAACCCUUGAAUUCACUUGGCCACCUCGAUAUGCUGCCCGUCGAACUGCUCUCGGAAGUGCUAUUAGAUUUGGAUGUGUGUACUCUUAUGGCAUUCCGAUGUGUAAAUCGACAGGCCAUAGCAAUAGUUGAUUCAUUGCCAAAUUUCCGCAGAGUCGUCGAAAACUGCAUUGACGUUAUCCGCGCCAUCGUGGCAACAGGAGCGAAUGACUACACCUUCAACACGCUAUAUAAUCGUCUUUCAAUGAGUGACUGUGUAAAGUGUGGCAGAUUUGGCGGGUAUCUAUACCUGAUUACCUGCCAGCGGUUAUGCUACUUCUGCUUCACUAGGGACGAGGCAUUCUAUCCCAUUACGGAGUCCACAGCGCGUCGUAUCGGCAUCAGAAAGGGUGAUCUCAAAAAGUUGCCUCAUCUUCUCAGCCUUCCUGGUCAAUACACAGGCUUUGAAAAGCUCUCGAAAAAAAGGAUAAAACUCUUCGAUCGAGAAGCAGUGCAGCAAAGAGCGCAAGAUGACAGGUGGAUCGUCGUGACAGGUCGACAGAUAGACCGUACAACGCUGGAGCCAGCGCGUUACAUGGUUAUUAUCUCAGUUCCCCACUUUCGCACUGGCAAUGGCAUUGAUAGGGGUGUGCAUUGCCUUGGAUGUCGAGAUAUCCUUGAGAAACGAAUCAAAUACAGCCAAACCGCAAUACUUGAUCAUUUCAGGCAAUGCGGACCGGUGCGAGAGAUCCGGGGACGCAUGCAACAUGUGCCAUGACUUCUCCCGUCGGCGGGAAGCAUUCACAACUAAAUUCCUGGUGGUCAAGUUCUUUGGUAUAUGUGAAAACCAUCGAACUAGCCAAUACGACUCCGUCAUCUUGACUAGGCGUCAAUCAUCCCCUGAGAAUU